CCCAUUUAGUCGGAUGUAUCUCUCUAGGAAAAUCAGAUCACAAUGCCUACCAGCAGAGCUUCUGCAAAUUUUCUUCUUAUUAUUAUAUUUCUAGUAUCUCCAUUACUUUCUCUUGCAACAUCUUAUAAUCAGGAAGAUAAUGAACAGCUAAAGACGUUCAUUGUUUUCGUCUCCAAACCUGAUAAGCCAUCCGUCUUUCUAUCUCACCUUACGUGGUACGAUGCAACUCUAGCAUCUCUUCGCACUCCUGCUUCUUCAUCUAAUAAUCAACAUCAUAAGCCUCGACAAAUCAUCUACGCUUACGACCAUGCAAUGCAUGGCUUUGCUGCUCGACUCACGCUUUCUCAAGCGUCCCAUCUUCGCAAUGUUCCCGGAAUAGUAUCUGUCCUCCCUGAGCAAAGUCACCAACUCCACACCACACGUACUCCUCAGUUUCUCGGUCUUGAUGACAAAGUCGGGAUCUGGCCGGAAUCAGGUUAUGGCGAUGAUGUCAUUGUCGGCGUCUUUGAUAGCGGGAUUUGGCCGGAAAGGCGCAGUUUCCAUGACGAGGGUUUAGGUCCAGUACCUGAAAGAUGGAAAGGUAUCUGUGAGGUAGGACCUGAUUUUCCAAAAGAAUCCUGCAACAAGAAGAUAAUAGGUGCUAGGACUUUUUCGAAAGGAUAUGAAGCGUUUUUGCUUCAAAGCAAAAUGAAUGUGAGCGCUGCAAAAUCAAUAUCAGCGAGAGAUAUGAAGGGGCAUGGUACUCAUUGUGCAUCAAUUGCAGCUGGAUCUGCUGUUCCAGGUGCUUCAUUAGGUCCAUAUGCAGCUGGAGUAGCGCAAGGAAUGGCACCUAGGGCAAGAAUUGCUGUUUACAAGGUCUGUUGGCCAGACGUUGUUUGUCUUGAAUCAGAUAUACUUGCUGCCUUUGAAAGCGCUAUUGCAGACGGAGUGGAUGUGAUUUCUAUGUCACUCGGGUUGGAACCUCUACCAUAUAAUCAGCAGCUAGCCAUGAUUGGAGCUUUCCAUGCUAUGCAGAAAGGGAUUACUGUUUCGUGCUCUGCAGGAAACCAUGGACCUGCACCAAAGACCGUAACGAAUCUCGCACCAUGGGUACUGACGGUUGGAGCAUCAACAAUUGACAGGGAAUUUCCCGCAAAUGUGAUUUUAGGCGAUAAAACUGUUCUUCCCGGUGUUUCAUUGUUUUAUGGCAAAAGCAACCUUUCGGAAUCUAAUGUACUAGUUUAUGGUGGUGACUGCGGUAGUGAAACCUGCGAAGAAGGGAAAUUAGAUGUCAACAAAGUUAAGGGAAAUAUUGUUGUUUGUGAGACUGGUGGCGUUAGAGCUGCUGCGGCGUAUGCAGUGAAAUUAGCCGGUGGAAUUGGAGUAAUUCUUGUGGAAUCCAAAAACAGAGGAGAAAGUUUAUCUGCUAUUCCACAUCUAAUUCCUGGGACUACGAUUAGUUAUAAAAGUGGUCGUAAGAUUCGAAAUUAUAUAAGAACGACGAAUGAAUCACGAAAAUACUAUCCAGUAGCUAUGAUUGAAUUUAAAGGAACAUCAAUUGGUUUUUCACCAUCGUCUCCAAAAAUUGUUGCAGUUUCCAGUCGUGGUCCAAAUCCAAUAACGCCAGAGAUUCUUAAACCGGACAUUAUUGCUCCCGGUUUCAAUAUCUUGGCUGCUUGGACUGGAUCCAAUGCUCUAACCAAGGUGAAAGAAGAUCGGAGGAUGGUCGAAUUCAGUAUGCAAUCAGGUACUUCCAUGGCAUGCCCUCACGUUAGUGGAAUCGCUGCCUUGCUUAAAAGUGUUCAUCCUACAUGGUCUCCGGGUGCAAUUAAGUCCGCCAUAAUGACAACUGCUUACAAUGUGGAUAAUUCGCGGAAAAAUAUCACACGGCUUGCUGAUGGAAAAUAUGCGACAUUGUUCGAGCUUGGGUCAGGUCAUGUUGAUCCAAACAAAGCCCUUCACCCAGGUUUAGUAUACGACGUGGAAACUAAAGAUUAUGCACAAUUCUUGUGCUCCAUAAACUAUUCCUCCAGAAUAAUCUCAGAGAUAUUCGUCCAUAAAAAGGUUGAUUGCAGGCAGUCUCCGAUGGCAAGUCCAGGUGACCUGAACUAUCCUUCAUUCUCUGUUGUUUUCAAAUCGGGAAUUAAUACGGUGAAGUAUGAAAGAACGGUAAAGAAUGUUGGACCGAAAGCAGAUGCAGUUUAUAAGGUUAAGAUAAACUCUCCACCAUCUGUUAAUAUCACUGUUUCACCUGGGAAGCUUGUGUUCAGUAAAAAAGAUCAAUUUUUAUCCUACAAAAUCUCAUUUUCAAGUAGGUCAAAUGAUAUGAAAGUAACAGGCUCGGGUGAGGACAAACAAUGGAGUUUCGGGUCCAUCGAAUGGACCGACGGAGAACACAACGUAAGGAGUCCAAUUGCGUUCAUCUGGGAUUCGACUACUAAUACCAGCUUGAUAUCUUGAGUUUGAUGGGUUCACUUCAUGUCUGUUUCUAUUUUUCAGUUUAAUUUGUUUGACCUGAUAAGUGAGUUAUCUGUACUUUGUAAGGAGUGGUGGUCUUAUUAAUUUUGCACACGGGAGAAUAAUUUAGAGUGGUUCCAUAUGGGCUAACCAUCAAAACCAUAUAAAAACCGCCCUCUUGUAUGAGGAUGAGUCCUGCUACUUUGGGAUCAAUAAGGAAAUCUUUUGGCCCCACGUAAAGAACAGUGAGGAGAUAGUUCUCGGAUGGAUUUUUAGGGCGGCUCUUGAAGUUUUUUUUGAUUAAUAUUAUAUUGAGAGGAUCUCUCCACACUUUUAUUCUUACAUCAUCUUACAUACAUAGUAUCAAUAGAUUACUAUUUUUACUACCA